GUGUGAACUCAGGUUAGAAGGUAAAACCCAAGGGAGGCGGCCAGAACCCUAUCCGGCGAAAGGGGAGGAGUUUGUGGUUGUCUCUCAAAUUCAGAAAUUGCAACGUUAAAUGGCAGCACCCAAGUUGAGUUUGUUGGCCUCAUUAUCAUCACCACCCAAAUUCCAUUUCCACUGGACUCGUAUUCUCUGUGGAAACCCCACCCACUCCUCACUUUUUCUCAGAAAUGCUACCACCAUCACUAAAAUUAACAAGAAGAAGAAGAAGCAGCGCAAUGGUAAGGGUGGGAUUGUUACUGCCAAGCCAGAAUCACUGGCAGAGAAGUUGAAGAAGAGGACCCGUUCCGAUAGAGAGUUUGAUAAGGAGCAAGCUAUGGUCUACGGAGGCACUGCCACCCAUGUCCCAGUUAUGCUUGGUGAAGUUCUCGAGGUCUUCUCCUCUUUUUCUUCGUCUUCUUCUUCAUCCCCGCUGCGUUCCUUCGUCGACUGUACCCUAGGUGCUGCUGGGCAUUCUUCCGCUAUUAUUCAGGCUCAUCCUGAAUUGGAACUAUAUGUUGGAAUGGAUGUUGAUCCUAUAGCACAUGAAAAGGCUCAAGCUCGGAUCCGUUCUCUGUGUGGCGAUUCUUCUCACUUGAAAGCACAUACCUUUAUGAGGAAUUUCAAAAAUAUCAAAUCCGUGCUUAGAGAGGUUGAUGAGGAACUCUUAAGUUCUGGGGUUGAUGGGAUCUUAAUGGACUUGGGAAUGUCAUCCAUGCAGGUGAAUAAUGCUGAAAGAGGGUUCAGUGUGCUUGCUAAUGGACCUCUUGAUAUGCGAAUGGAUCCUCAAGCAAGUCUGACAGCAGAAGACAUAUUGAAUUCUUGGCCUGAUACUGAAGUCGGGCGAAUCCUGAGGGAGUAUGGGGAGGAAAGCAACUGGCGCUCUCUUCAGAACAAGAUUGUUAAGGCCCGUCUGUUCGGUGGGUUGCAUUCUACUGGUGAAUUGGUGGAUCUUAUUCGCAAGACAACACCCAGAACAAGAGGUGGGAGACAAGGGUGGAUAAAGACUGCAACCCGGGCGUUUCAAGCUUUGAGGAUAGCUGUUAAUGAUGAACUCAAGACGCUGGAGGAUUCCCUCUAUGCUUGUUUCGAUUGCCUCACCCCUGGGGGCAGACUUGCUGUCAUUUCCUUCCACAGUUUGGAGGACAGGAUUGUGAAACAGACUUUUCUGGACAUCAUCAACAGCAACGGGGAAGAUGAGAGUGGAGAAGGGGGUGGGAAAGAUUUGAGAAACAUCAGAAAUGACAAUGAUGAAAAAGAAGCAUGGAUUAAACAGAUGGUACAAGGGUGGAAUGGAACAAUCCUCACAAAAAGACCGAUCACACCAUCUGAAGAGGAAGAGAGAUUGAAUCGUCGGAGCCGGAGCGCUAAGCUCAGGGUGAUCCAGAAAGGUUGAAAAUCAGAUGGGAAGAGCAGAGUAGGUGAAAUGCUUACAGAUGGGGUCUUGUGGUUCUGGUCAUAUGAUUGAUCAUUCAUUUCACAUGUCUCAAAGAACAAUUUUCCCACCAUUCAUCGUCUCCAAAUCUUUUAGCAAAAUCUGAUAAAAUAGGAAAAUGCUCCGAGUGGUUUUCAUACUUAAUUUUAAAUUCAGAUUAUUUGUAGGGAUAAAUGUAUAAAGAAAUAAGAUUCGGUCCAAAUAAAAAAUAUAUAAGUAUUAAGCAAUAAGAUUAUUUUUAUUACAAUAU